AUGGGCAGUGACAUCAACUUCUUCGUCACCAAAUAUCUAAAAAUGUACAAUCCCUCAUCUGAUGAAUCAAUUUUUGGCCCAAUUCGAAGACUUCCUAUCCACAUUCUUUCCACUCUUGGUCUUGAGACUACUGAUGUCUCAGAUCAAAUUGAGGCUACAGAAGGUAUUGACCCAUACCUUCCUACCCCACCUCUUCAAAAUCCAUCAGCAAUCAUUAACCCUGAAGGCACCAUAGUCCCUUCUUCCACUACUCUCUCCAACAUUUCUCAAUACCAAAGACGCAAGCGUAAAGUCUUUGCUCUUUAUGGCCCCCGCAAGACCAAGAAACAAGGAACUCCUAAAAAGGAUGCUUCCAAGCCUUCCAAGCCCUCCAAGAAAAGAAAAACUCAACUAGUAAUCACUAUCGUCGAACCAAGCAGACAUGUCUUCAGCAGUGACUCUGAUGACGAUGAUCUACCCAUUGCAAUCCUCAAGAAACGCAAAACCGAUCUGUUAGCUCAAGACAAAUUACCAUUUCAAACUGAAGAGGACACAAGGCAUAUCGUUUCUACCGUUACCUUGAACGAUAGGAAAUUUUUUGAUGAUACAAGAUUGCAAUUUGAAGAAGAGGAGGAAGAAGUAGAAGUGGAGAAGGAGGUGUUGGAGGUUGACAAAAAAGAGGCUGAUCCACCAAUUACCAAUGAGAAAAUCCUUUCGCUGGAAGCAACUGCUGAUCAAAAUGCUUCCAAAGUUCCUCCCACCCCCACUGUCCAAGAAUCACAAGAUGAAGGACCCGAAAUAGAAGUGAGCUCUGCUCCCACCUUCGGUCUUGAUGAUGAUGAUCUACAAGAGGAAAACAAACCCUCUCCAUCUGAUGAUGACUUUCUGAUGUUUGAUGAAGAAGAAGAAUCCAAUGGCUCUCACCAUUCAACUUCAAAGCCUAAAGAGAAGAAGAAAAAGAAGAAGAAUGUUGUCACUAGGAAUGAAGUUUUUAGCCUACAAGAAAAGAUUGAUCAAAUCCUUGCUACGGUCAAGCCAACUCAACCGCAACCAGAAGAUAUCCCCGGACCGUAG